GGCCCUGGCUCGGGGGCGCUGCCCUCUGGAUGCAGCUCGGUGCGCGCCGCUCGUUGGACUCCCUCGCCCCGCAGCAUGGACCCUGCUUGCCGCCUGCUGCCCCUCGGGCUCUGCAUCGCCCUGUGCCUGUGGGGCACCGUGGCCCAGAAUAACAGCACACAAGGUACCACUGAGGACUGCAACAUCCAUAUGCUGUGCCCAACAAAUGCCAAGUGUGUGAACAACACCCACUGCGCCUGCCUGAAAGGAUACCAGUCACAUGGGACUCACUUCUUCACCGACCUAACAGAGACCUGUGAUGAUAUUAACGAGUGUCUGGGACCGAGCCUGCCAGACUGCGGACCCAACAGAAACUGCAAGAACACACCUGGGAGUUACUACUGCACCUGCAUCAAUGGCUACGAGCCCAGCUCUGGGAAAGCCAACUUCAAGCACACGAGUGAGAACAGCUGCCAGGACAUUGACGAGUGCCAGCGAAAUGCCACAAUCUGUGAGCCCCACGGGAACUGCAUCAAUAUGCCAGGGACUUACAUGUGUAAAUGCAGUUGGGGAUUUGGGAAGAGUCAAAAGGAUACGGCUAAGAUCUGCACAGACAUUGACGAGUGCAAGAAGAUCCCAGAUAUCUGCGGCCCCAAGGCCACAUGUAUCAACACCUACGGAAGCUACUUGUGUGAGUGCCAGGCUGGUUACGUCUCCUCCAACAGGAACAAGACCCUGUGUCAAGAGCUCACCUGCCCCCCACUGCUGGGUGAUGACAACUCUGCCGGAGUCAAGAACCUCCUGGGCAGCUUUCAGGCACAGGUGGGACAUCUCUGCCAGGUGACGCUGGAGGAGCUGAAGCAAAUGAACUCUCAGAACGCCGAGGGAAAGCUGCAGGGCUUCUUGGACAUUCUGGAGAAGCAGAUAAAUCUGGUCAGGCAGCAGGGUGAGAGUGUGGAGUGGAGACACCGGAUCGCGACGGAGCUGAUGGCCAUAGUGGAGAAGCUGCUGAGAACGCUGGCCCUGACCCUGCGUGACAGCAUGAUCAGCAUCGCAUCCCCUACCGGCACAGAGCUGGGGCUGGCAGUCAGGCAGGCUGGGAACCAGAGCCAGGAGACCGUGACGCUGCAGCAGAGCAAGACGCAGAUGGAAUUAAAGUGGGCCGGAGCCCUAGGGCAGAAAAAUGAAGGCUUCACGCUGGCCGGGCUGCUGACAUACCAGGGGAUGAGCCCCAUCCUGGACGGUACUGAGCGGGUGAAGGCGCCCGUGUGGGAUGAGAUCGGCCGGACGGGGAAGUGGGCACGGGAGCCGGGGCGGCCCAGCUACCGUGUGCUGUCUCCAGUGGUGUCGGCCUUCAUCAGUGACCCGAACCCCCAGGCACUUGACCUCUCCGUCAGCAUUCGCUUCAGCCACCCGCUGCCGGAGAAGAAGACUGACCUACACCUCCUCUGCGCCUACUGGGAGCCUGGCAGCAGGCGCUGGGCCACCGACGGCUGCACCCUGCAGAUGUUGAACACCACCAUCACCCACUGCCAGUGCAACCACCUGACCAGCUUCGCUGUGCUUAUGGCCUUCUAUGAGCUGGAGGACUGGACCCUGGACGUCAUCACCAAGGUGGGGCUGGUGAUCUCGCUGCUGUGCCUGCUGCUGGCCAUCAUCACCUUCCUCUUCUGCCGCGCCCUCAAGGGCCCCCGCACCACCAUCCACCUGCACCUCUGCCUGGCGCUCUUCAUCGCCUACAGCAUCUUCCUCACCGGCACCUCCAGCACCGGCAACAGGGUGGUGUGCGGUUUGGUGGCCGGGCUCCUGCACUAUUUCUUCCUGGCUGCCUUCUGCUGGAUGUGCCUGGAGGGCGCCGAGCUCUACCUGCUGGUGGUUCAGGUCUUCACCCCCCAUGGCCUCAGGCGCCGCUACAUGUUCCUGCUGGGCUACGGGGUGCCGGCCCUCAUCGUGGGCAUCUCAGCCGCCACCUACCACCAGGGCUACGGCACAGCACGCCACUGCUGGCUCUCGCUGGAGAAUCAAUUCAUUUGGAGCUUCCUGGCGCCUGUCUGCAUCAUCUUCGCGGUCAACGCUGUGAUCUUUGUGGUCACCGUCUGGAAGCUGUCGCUGAAAUUCGCUGACAUCAACCCUGACAUGAGCCAGCUGAAGAAGCUCAGGGUGCUCACCAUCACGGCCAUCGCCCAGCUCUGCAUCCUGGGCAUCACCUGGAUCUUCGGCAUGUUCCAGUUCAACCAGCGCAGCCUGGUCGCCUCCUACAUCUUCACCAUCCUCAACAGCCUGCAGGGGCUCUUCAUCUUCCUGCUGCACUGUCUGCUCAAGAAACAGGUGAGGGACGAGUACUGCAGGUGGCUGAGCUGCGGUGGCCUCAAAGGCCAGGCCAAAUCCUCCGAGUUCUCCAGCUCGAUCACCAUCACGCGGCAGGGGCUCCAGCGGUCGCAGGAGUCAGAGUGAUAGCACUCUUGCACUCAGCCCAUUUCUGGACACUGCAGCUUUGCAAAUGAGAAAACCAGGCCCCCUGCCCCUGGCCCGGCCCUGCCUGUGAGCAGAGACCCACCACGCACCUGGACUCGCCGCAUGCAGCUGCUUCAACGGUUGCCCAGUGGAACCGUUACGCUGCCCAGCUGCCCCCACCCGCUGGGCGCUCACCAGCUCCAGGCCUGCGCGCUGCCAGCAUCACCAGCAAUAGCAAUGGCCAGCAGGGCAGCCGCUCAGCUCCGACGCCACGUACUCUGGCCACAGGGGGCACCUUUCCCUUCGGUACGAACGGGUCCCUGGCCCCGCCUGCGGUGCGAUGCUGGGCCCGGCUGAGUGCGGGCAGUGGAGAUGAAUCCAGCCAGCAGUGAUGAACCUGCCCCCCCCCGAGAACUCCUCUCCUCCCCCCAGGCACUGCAGCAUCAGCCACUGCCCUUGGCUUCCAUGACGGUACGACACGGCCUGAGCUGAAGGAGGCAAGCAGCCCCAGCCUGCGACGGUCCCCAGGGCUCGGCUGUCUGUGUCUCAUUGGUGGCACUUUUUUUUUUAAAUGAUCUUCUUAAAGUUAUUAAAAUAUUAAGUUUUGGGACAAAAACAGCUACUUCGAGGAGCCACGUGUGUGGUGGCUGGAGAGAACCCAGGAGUCCUGACUCCCAGCCCCAGCUGCUCUAACCCUCUAGAUGACACGUUCUAAGGGCAGCUGGGCCCACGGUGAUCCUCUUUGAGUCCAGCCAGCUGCGGAGCAGGCCCCCGCCCUCUCUGGAUUAACUCCUGCUCCAUUGAGAGCAGAACAUCCUGACUCCAUUUGGAAAGGGCCAGGGCUGAGAAUCCACCAUGCCCCGGGAAGCUGUUCCUCUGGUUAAUUUACCCUCCCUGCCAAUUUCCAGUGUGACAGUCUCAAAGAGCUCAUGAUCAAAGUCCCUAUAGACUGACCAAGUCACCCCUUCCCUGUCUCUCUGCUAAUCCACUUGAGCUCCUGGAGUCUGUCACUAGAGGGCAGGUUUGCGAAUCCUCACGGGUCUUCUGGCCUCUCUCCAAUUUCUCAGCAUCUGUCUGGAAGUGGGGACACCAGAACUGGACACUAGUUAAGCGGCACUCAGACCAGUGCCAGAUACAGAGUAAAAUAACCUCCUCGUUCCUGCCUGAGCUUCCCCUCCACACAUCCACUGAAAGUUAUUUCAUUAAUAGUAGUAUUAGUUAUUAUUACUGAUCAUUAGUACACAAGAAGACUUCAAACAUUAGAGUUAAGCACCUGCUUUACCAGGGUACCGAUUCAAAAUUCUUUCCCACACCCCAAGCAGGAGCUCGUAAACCUCUUGGGUUCUUUUAGUAAAAGCUCGGUUUAAAGUG